AUGGCGCCGAGUCCUAGGACACCGCGUUCGGCUGCCAGCAACGGCCGUCCCAGCCGCCAGAGAGCAGGGGCCCUCCUAAUCACAGGUUCAAGAAGGCGCGAGAGAGACGCGACUGCCGCCGCAACUGAACCGCCACCGAAACGACGACGAUAUGUUCCCGGUGGCCCCGGUGGAGGUGGUCGUUGGACCGAUAAAGACGGCAACGAUCCUGGCGCUCGACCAAGCGCCGCACCCACCACCCAACCCCGCCCUCGAGCGCGGCAGAUCUCCUCGACUGCAGCCACGAUACCUAUAUAUCCCCGCAGAGAGCGCAGCACACGUAUUCGGACUGCUACGCGCUUGGAACCCGAUGACGAGAUGCAAAUCAGCUCUGCCGCCGCUGUAGCUGCCGCUGUGGUACAGAGCGAGGGGUACAAGCCCAGAGAAGAGCGAGGGUGGGAAGAAUUCCACCCAAAUCUUGACAUCGAUGCCAAUUUCAUAGUCUUCCACGCCGAUGAUGUUGAUGGGGUUGCCAAGUCAACACCAGGGACACCGUUAGCACUUGCGCCCAACCCUGAGUCCAACCACGCUGGGAGCCCUAUUAAAGACGCAAACAUAGCUACAGGCAACACCCCUUUACCUCCUACGAACGGCGUAAUUUCAGGACCGCUCGAAGGCCUGCCCGGAACACCAACGAGAAGACGCUCCAACCGACCAAGGGACUCGUACUUCCCCUACGGUCGCGAUAUUGGCGCAACUCCGAAAACACCCAAGGUUUUGCCCAUCUACAAUCAGACACCUAAAGAACGCCUUGAUCUGAGGCAGCCGCAAUACCGGAAGACCGACAGAAUUCUUCUCUUUGAGAGCAAGAAGUUCGGACAGGCAAAAUAUGUCGAUAAAGCGAUGAUGAAUGUCGGGUACCAGGAGAGCGACAACUUCAUUCGCGAUGAUCAAAAGCUGAUCAAGGCAUUCGACGCGAAUGUCGAAGAUGAAGCGGAUAGCCCCUCUGCGGCGAAAGCCGAAGUGGAUCCUGCUGCACAUAGCCAUGCUCUGGGACGCGUUGAGUAUGAUAUGGAUGAACAGGAUGAUAUGUGGCUUGAAGCCUACAACGAACAGCGCAAGUCGCAAGGCUGGAGCACAGUGAGCCGAGAGCAUUUCGAAAUCACCAUGACCAAAAUCGAAAAGGAAUGGCAUGCGCUCGAGAAGAGGAUACCCAAGCCAAACCCAAAGCCACCGCAAACACACCGCCCGCGUUCCAGCUCCGCCGCGGCCGUCAAUGGCGAGCCGCAGGCGGGCGAAGAGCAAGAUAGUAAAUGUGCUAUUUGUGACGAUGGGGAUUGUGAGAACACGAAUGCUAUUGUGUUCUGCGACGGCUGCGAUCUUGCAGUUCAUCAAGAGUGUUACGGCGUCCCUUUCAUUCCUGAAGGUCAAUGGCUUUGUCGGAAAUGUCAGCUUAUUGGACGUGGCGUACCGACUUGUAUAUUCUGCCCCAAUUCGGACGGUGCUUUCAAGCAAUCUAAUUCGUCAAAAUGGGCCCAUCUGCUAUGUGCCAUGUGGAUACCUGAGGUCAGCCUCGGGAACCACACUUUCAUGGAACCAGUGAUGGACGUGGAAAAAGUGCCCAAGAGCCGUUGGAAGCUGACAUGUUACAUCUGCCAGCAGCAAAUGGGUGCUUGCAUUCAGUGCGGUAAUAAGUCCUGCUACCAAGCAUUCCAUGUCACUUGCGCGCGUCGUGCGAAAUUGUUCCUGCGCAUGAAGAACAGCUCUGGCGCUCUUGAUGUCCUUGAUGGCAGCACAAAUCUCAAAGCCUUGUGCGAUAAGCACUGCCCCUCGGAGUAUGCCAAGGAGAAUGGAGUGAGCAAAGCAACAAAGCGUGCCAAGAAGUACUACAAGAAAACCAUGCGGGACCGCAUUUGGGCCAAUACACAAGCGAAUGCCAUGGCUUUAGCCGCAACACAUCGGAAUGCCCUGACAGAACAUCCUCCAGACGAGUCACAAAUGACCGGGGCCAAGGUGUCGGCUGUGCUGGGCGACCAGAAAAAGGGACAACCUGGGAAACAUGUGUGGAAGCUACCAUCAGGUGCUCCCAUUAUCCCUCAAGCUGUCUUUGAUAUCGUUGACACAUCACUCGCUAGAUUCUCAAUUCUUAAGAGAAGAGAGUUUGUAAGCGAUGCUUGCCGUUACUGGACACUGAAGCGCGAGAUGCGUCGUGGUGCGGCCUUGCUCAAGCGUCUUCAGUUGCAAAUGGAGACUUUCUCCUCAAUGGAAUUGACCAGGCGCAAUUUCGCAGCUAUGGGACCCUCCGGGAAGACACGCUUGUCAAGACGCAUUGAGUUUGCGGAGACCUUGAUCAAAGACCUAGAGCAGCUUCAAGCCAUGUCUGAGGAGGUGGUCAAGCGCGAGGAAGUCAAGCUUGAAGAGGCCAAGCUGCUCCAGACAUUUGUUGAUACGUGUUACUUCCCAGUCCAUAAAGCCUUCCCAGAUAUCAUGGUCAAAGUUUUCAACGCGGAUGAUGGCAAGAAAGUAUUCACCGAUGGUCUGGUUGAUUUGGAGGCGAAAGUCAACGAAAGGUUCUACACGACUACGCUUGCGUUUGCUCAUGAUCUCUGUGAGGUCAUCCAUGUCGGCAUCAAUAACGAAUGGGAGAAACCCGAUGAAGCACAACCCAAGCUUGAGAGUGUGGUUGCGCCGCUCACCAAGAUUGAUUUCUCCAACAUUCGCGAACGUAAGAAGCUUGGCAGGAGAAUUUUGAAGGGCGUCCAACCAAUGCUUGAAGGAGCUCUUCAUAAGGAGGCCGGCAUCACGAACAAAUCUUUCGAAGACCUAAAAAAGGAGCUCGAAGGCAUGAUCGAAGCUAGCUUCGAAGUACAGCAAAAUGGUGGCGGUGGAGCGGAUAGCGAACAAAGCAAAGAUGUGAUCAUGGUCGAUGCUUCAGAAAUCACCGUUGCUGACCCCGCUGACGAAGAAGACGCGGAUAACGAGCCAGAUGAACAAAUCGAUGUUGUCAUGGCAGAACCUGAAGAAGAAGCAGGCAGAGAAGAGGGCAACAUUGAAGUGAAUACCUCGACUCUUAUCAAUGCUGGCGCUGAAGAAGAGAAAGAAGAAGCUGUCACAGUCAACCCGACAGGUGCAACAGAGCAAGAGGAGAUCAAGAAAGAAGACGGCCAGACAAGCGGCAAUGCGCCUGAUACACCACCUGCUACCAAUGGAUAUCAGACGGCACCGCAGUCAUCUCAACCUGGCCCACCGACUCCUCCCCAAUCAAACGGAAGUCUUGGUCAGGACCACACUAAUAUUCUUAUUGACGGUGGCGUCCCAUUCUAUCUCAAGGAAUUCGAUCCCUUAGGAACUUCUGCUCUAUCUGAGCCAGGAGCGGCUGACCAGCCGAGCUCUGCUGCUGCAGAGGAGCCUUCGCCAAUGGAUGAAGAUGAAGCCAAAGAGCUUGGUCCCGAUUCAAACGACGUCAUCACUGCCACAUCUCCUUUGAGUGCUACAAACGCAGAAGCUAGCGUUAUAGGAUCCGCAAAGAAGCCGGCGAAGGCUAAGAAACGUAAGACGACCACUUACCGGGGACGGAGAUGA